GUUGACAUGUCAUCUUUGAGUCAGUUAUCAGUUAUGAAUGAAAAGCAACACAGAUUUAGUGUCAGUUGGAAGCAGGCAGCAGAGUGAAGAAGAGUGUGUUAGAGCGGGAGGAAGAAAACGCAUCAAGUGGAUUCAAGCUGCUCAAUUUCUGCCAUUGUGUCCCUCACAGAAAACAUUUUAACAUCAAAAUGUAGGCAUUUUUCCUGGCUUUCAGACGAUACAACUUUGAAAAUCCUGAGCCAUGUAGUUUUCUUACAGUGGCCCCAAAUAUCAGCAAAAACUGAAGAUUUGCUCCAUUCAUUUCAAUGCUUUUUCGGGGGAGAUUAUUUUUUGAGGUGCCUCGUUUGUAACUUGCGAGUACUUCAAUAUAUUUGGGCACAAAAACAUGAAAAUUGCACUAGAUGUAGUCCAACAUUUCUAGAUUCUGACGGUGUUUUAACUUUUCCUCUGAGGAAAACGGUUCAAAAGAUAUGAGCUUUUGUUUGGACCAAGUGCCAGUCAUUUAUUUUCAGUAAGAGGCAGACGCAGACCUGCGUCUCCCUGUGUGUGCUUGUUGCCAUGACGACCUCGUCAUCAUGAUGUCAUCAUGAUGAUGUCAUAGACAAGAAGACAUGAGGUGAUGCCAUUUACCCCGUUGAUGACUUGUGAUGAUGUAAUGCCAUGUCACAAGAUCUUAGGUGACACACAGAUGAUGUCAUCCCGUGUCACAAAACCUCAUGAGAACCACAGAAAAUGUUUUUAAAGCUGUCAUUUUAAGCAAAAGUUUAAAAGUGUCUGCAGGACAAACGGCCAAUCUAGGUUGGAUUCUACAGUGGAGGUAGCAAAGAGACCAAUACUUAAAAUGGAAAAAGGAAAUUGGUUCAGCGGGGUAGUGGUCCAAGGUCUCAUAAUGGAGAGACUGACCCAUUACCUCAAACAACUGACAACAGAGCAACUGUGUCAAAUGAUUGCAGGAACUCCCAACACAGAAACAAAAACACAACUUGCAGGCCUUGGGGAACAGUUAAUAAAAUUAACUAUGGAUGCCACAAUCAGGAUUGUGUCCGAAAACAUCGGUUGCACCUUUGAAAAUCCCUUGGAGAAGGAAAUAGAAACCCACCAAAAGAAAAUCAAGGAUCUUGAUGAAAAAGAAGUUGGCAGUUUUGAUAAAGAAUCAACUAUUUACAGAACUGCCAACGUCAUUAAGCUCUCUUUGGAGAAACUCGGACAUGGCAAAAAGAGUGGGAAAAAGCAACCGCCAAGUAAAAAGAGAAAGGGGUCUGUCCAAUCACUCAUUAAAACCAGAGACGCACAGGUUGGCACAGAAUCUUUGGUACCCGAAACCCAAGAUGCAAUGACGCAGACAAAGCUAAAGACAUUGGACCAAAUGGUUCAAACAGAAGCUAUGGAUGCUACUAUUGGGAUUGUGUCAGAAAAUAUCGGUUGCGCCUUUGAAAAUUGCUUGGAGAAAGAAGUAAAAACCCACCAAAAGAAAACCAAGGCUCUUGAUGAAAAAGAUGUUGGUAGUUUUGAUAAAGAAACAACUCCCAGCAUCAUUAAAGAGUCUUUGGAGAUUCUCAGCCAUGUCGAAGAGAGUGGGAAAAACCAAGCGCAGAGUCAAAGGAGAGAUACAAAGGUUGGCACAGAAUUUGCAGCACCCAAAACCCAAGAUGCAAUGACACAGACCAACCCAGAGACAUUGAACCAAAUGGUCCAAACAGAAAGCAUGCGUGUUGAAACUUGUGAUGCCAAAACACAAACCAAGAGUGUCAAAGUUUUAACACAGGAUGUAGCGGUCCAGGCUCAAGUAAGAACCUCAGAUGCAGAGGUUCAAAAAGACAUUCCUGUAGUUGAAAAAAAGAAUGCCAAAGUCCAAGUUGAAGUUGAGACAAGGAAUGUAGAAGUCCAGACA